AUGGAACAGAGAAAAAACAAGGAGGAUCUGGGAACCGAGUACCUUGUCAGGCCAGUAGCCCGUGUCGAGGAUGAGGAAGAUGCUAGUGAUUUUGAGCCAAAGGAGAAUGGCGGCAAGGAGGAAGAAAUCGAUGAGGAGGAUGAAGACGAAGAUGGUGGGAAGGUUGAUGUUCCGGCAAAGAGGAAGAGGUCGGAUAAAGAUGAUUCAGAUGACGAUGAUGAUGGUGGAGAGGAUGACGAGAGACCAUCCAAUUUGGGCCUCUGCUUGCUCACCGCCUUAGCUGUUGGAAGUCAACCUCAAAACUACCAUCCAAAUCCAUGUUUUGUGGAGGAGGAGAAGGAUCUUGAUAUCGAGCAAGAGGGCUGCGAUAUCAAAGAGGAUGAUGAAUAUAUUGAAAGAGUUUGUCUAGUAGAUUGGGAUUCUCCAAUUUAUGAUGACUAUCCUGAAGAUUUUAGUCAAGGAGAAAAGAUUGAGCUUGAUAAAAAUAAAGUCAUAUACAUAUGA